ACGAGCAUGUACAGUUAUCUUCAGAAGAGGAUCCUGAAUAUUAAGUCCCCUCGAAAGAGGCAGGGUCCCACACCAGAGAGGGGCCAUUCAAAAAAAGGCGCCACAUUGAGUUCUCACCAAGUGACCAGGGAGAAGAUGAUGAUGCAGAUUCAAGUGUCGGAUCAACGAUUCUUUUGCCACCAGUGAGCAGUUCUGAUGGCGACAGUUCAGUCAACAUGGAUAGUCUAGCAACACAGGCCAGGCAUUACAAGACUCUGCAGGACCUGUAUAAGAAGCCAAAACCCAACCGAGAUGCUGUUUGCCAAAUUCUUGACCUUGAGUUUCAAUCAAGAAGAGCCUUCAUUGACAGUGAUGUUCUGAAAGAAGAAGAUAGGCCAACAAAGAUUCUAGAGGCAUAUCCAUGUUUCAAGGAGCUUCACAAUGUGAUGGAUGAGCUACGGCGGAUCCUGGAUAAGAACAACAACAAAUUCAUAACUGAAGUAAAGGCAAGAUGGGAGGACUUCUGCUCCAUGGUUCAGUUUUAUGGUCUUUGGAAGAAGGUGUUAAAGCCACCGAUGAACCAAAAUAGAGUGGAAUGCAACAUCGCCCUGUUUAGGGCACUCCCCACACUCUUCCCCUCACCAACUGCGCCACCCAAGAAGCUGGGACAUGCCAGUGAGGCAUUGCUUCAUGUCCUUCAGCCAACAGAAGAUCCAGCCAUCUACCUUCAGAGGAGAUCUCUCUUCAGCCCUGUUUUGCUCUUUGAUGGGUCCCACUGUAUUAUGGCAAUUGGAACCACACCCAUCACCACAUUUGCUGAAGAAGACCUCCGUCAAGGUUUGCUGUAUCUGAUGGCAUACUACUACACCUUGCAUCUCACAUAUCCAAAGUGUGUGGCAACCCUUCUGUCUGUCAUUCAGACUGAAGUGUUAAAGGACAGUAUCCAUGAGCGAGACACCACAAGCUCAUACAAAAAAGCCAUGGCAGAGUGGAAGGCUUUUAUUCAGGAGUAGAGUUGUACAGGUACACGACUUUCAUGUCUGUGUUGGAAAGUUUUAACCUAACAUAAGAGCUGUAAAAAGACAUUUAAAUUCUUCAUUUUUGUUUAUCUAAUACAAACACAUCUUCUGUUCUUCAAAUGUUCUGCUUUAUAAUGUGAGUUUCAGUAGCUUUAAAUGUUGAUUAGAGUUAAUUAACUUUACCAGUUUUUAGUUGUAAUUGAAAGUUACUAUUAGUUCAAUGACACCAUGUAUAAUGUAUAGCAUUACUUGCAUUACAACCUCAACAUUAUCAUUUCUGUGUGGGUUUGUUUUGCACAUUCAUGUGUGCAAUGCUGUAUACUAUUGUUGCUAUUUGGAGAAGCAAUUUAAAU